CCGGAACCUAACUCCAUUGUAGCUAGAUUAAUGCCACCAGCCUACGCCUACCUUCUGAAAGCUCCAUCCUGAAGGCGAGAUGGAAGUGAGGCAGAGGAUUCUCAACUCCACCGCGCCCUUCUCUGGGUCGUCCAAGGCUGAACUGAAGGGCUCGUUCCCAGAAUGCUCAUCCAGCACGGACACCACGGAUGUGGAGGCAAAGGAGCGUGGCUGCAAGGCAAUUGUACCAUGCCUGAACCCCUUAUUCAGCAAGCUACUGUCACAUGGGACUGCUGAGCAAGUUGGGGAGAAGCCUCUGAAGACCUCCACCUUCAUCGCUCAGGCUGAAUGUGAAACCCAGGACUCUCAAGAGUUUAGUCCCUCCUGUCUCAAGCGCUCCUACGUGCCCUCCCCUAACUGUUUCACCAUCAGUUCCCCAUCAGAGCACAACAACGUGGCAUGUCCAAUCCCAGCCAACGACCAGGAACUGAGCACUGAGUUGCCCCAAGUGGUGACCCCCCAGAAGAAAACCAGGAAGAGACAAAAACGGAAGUUGAGGAAAAAAACAGUGAGGAAGAAUCGCGAGCAAGCACAGAGACGACGGCAGCCUUCUGGUGUCCCUGAGCAAGAGAGCGGAAGAUUCCUGGAAGUGUCAUCUGACAGCAGCAGGGGCGAGAUCAGCACCUCUUACUGCAGCAGCAUCGAGAGCUCAGAGGAGAAGACUCAUGGGCUUCUUCCCACGAUCAUCUACAACAGAAGGUCCAGCUGCUCUCCCAUCGGCUGGCGUGGUCCUUCCUUCUGUGCUCCGUCCAGUGUCCACUCCUUUGAGAACGACAGCGACUCCCUCAGCAGCGUGGGCGACUGCUCUCUGGCUUUAGCCGGCCUCCGGGGCAGUGUCAGCCAAGGGGACCGCUGCUACGCCGGACCCUUCUUCCAGAAGGUGGCGAGCGAAGCCAGGGAGGGGAGCGAAGAGCUCUGGUCGUCGGGUUCGACUUGCAACGAGGGAAUCAUCUUCUACAAUGAAAAACUCAGUGUUGUGGAUUCGGAGUACAAAGUCGGCUGCGAGUUUGUCCUGUCGAAGUUAAUCAAGGGAGGCUCCUAUGGUGACGUACACUGUGCCAAGGAUCUAAACACUGGCUUUGACUUCGCCGUGAAGAAGAUUGCCAUGAGUAGGUUCAUCAGUGAGGAGGUGGGUGCGUGGAGCGCCGUCAGAUCUCCCCAUGUGUUGGAACUCUUUGGAGUGGUCCGAGAAGGUGCCAAUAUUUUCCUCCUGAUGGACCGCAAAGCCGGCUCUCUAGGACAGCUCAUCACGCAGCGUGGGCGGCUGCCAGAAGACUUGAGUCUCCACUACAUGGGCCAAGUCCUGACUGCGCUGGAGUACUUGGUGAAGAAACGAGUGGCACAUCUGGAUAUCAAAGCUGACAACGUGUUGCUGUCAGAAGAUGGUAAAAACAGCUUCCUGUGUGACUUUGGACACGCGGAGAGACUGGACAACAAGGGGAUGAGCUUGAGUGGCUUAAAAGAUCUGAAGGGAACAGAAAGCCACAUGGCUCCUGAGGUGGUCAAAGAAGAACCCAGAGGGGCCAAAGCAGAUGUGUGGAGCAGCUGCUGUAUGUUACUUCACAUGCUGAAUGGAUGUCAGCCGUGGACUCGCUACUACACCUGCAGACUUUUCCUCAAGAUCGCUGAUGAUCCUCCGCCACUGCAAGAGAUUCCGGCGGCCUGCAGCCACCUGACGGCUGAGCUCAUCACGGCCGGCCUCCAGAAGGAUCCAGUGGAGAGAGCUUCAGCUGCGGAAAUGAAAGUGAAAGCUGCAAGGGCGCUGAAAGAAGUUGGUGGAGUCACCAGUCCAGUGAGAGGAGCGUACAUGCCCCCGCUGUCCAUCAACACCAAGCCUCCUGACAGCCAGCAGCACACAGGCUCCUCCGAGCUGAACCAAGGCGUGCAGCAGCUGCUGAGAAAAUUAAAAGAGCUGGAUGUUGAGGAUGACCCGGAGACCGAUCGGAAACAGUCCAAGAAAGGGACGCGUGGCGACCUGCUGGACACGGUCUUCGAGCCAGUCCCCAGUGUCACCACCGUGCCUGAGCUGGAGCUUCGUAAACUGGAGAGAGACUUCUGCCUGAGCAGUCUGUCUCAGCUUCACUCCGCCGAGCAGCUGCUGUCCUGCCUCACCAGUGACCACUAUUCCAGUCGAGAGCCAUGGGACAAAAAGGACUCUGGCCGUUGGUCGCUGUGCCCAGGAGACAACUUCAGCUCAGGCGUUUGCUCCUACAACAGUCAGCCAGACGGGCCAGAAUUCAGCGUGGACCUGCUGGGUCAAGCCCAAAAACCCUUCUGUUUGGAAGGCGUGGACAUCUCGAUCACGGAUUUCAACAGAACCACCAUCUUAAUCCGAGAAACCCGUCGUGUGAAAGUGGGCCACGUUGCUUCUGGGAUUAGUGAUCAGAUCUCCGAGAGGGUCUUCACUUUAAAGACCCAGCACGGCCAGGAGGUCGCACAUGACGAGGAGGUGCAAGAAUCCGGACUGAAGCUGUGCUGCGUUCCUGCUCCGGACUGCGCCAACUGGAGGUGGAGAAUCAGAGAUGGAGUUCUGGAAACACGAUAGAGCCACCUGCUCGUACCGCCACGUUAAUAGACAGCUCUUCUUAUGAAGUCUUACAAAAAAUUAAGGUCUUUCAAUCACUCCCAAAAUGUUUGUCACAAAAUUGUCUCAGCACAGUUUGUGUUUUUGUCAUGUUCAUGCCUUCAUUAAACAAUUU